ACCUUUUCUCAAACAACCUCUCUACAACUAUUCGUCCUUCGUUUUUGUUUCUUUUUUCCUUGUCAAUUCUUCAUUGCUACCCUUGUUAGACUAUACCUUGGUUUCUUGAAUCUCGAUUGUAAAGGGACGAUCCUCCCGCCGCACGCGCUUCUAUCGUGUCUAUCAUGGAGCAAGAGUGAGUUUUUAUUUUGUGGCAUUGUGUGAUUGUUUGGUUAUCUCACGGUCAAGGUGGGCUGACACGUGAUUGUAGGAUACUCCGUUUGUUGGGUGAAACUUUGUCUUCGCAGGAGGGACCUAGAAGGAACGCCGAAACUCAGAUCACAAAUUUAUAUGGGAAUGAUGGUUUGUCUUUUUCUUCUGCUGUGAAUUGGAAGGGGGGGCCUUGUCUCCCUUCACUUGGUUGGCCCGGGAGUUUUACGUGUUGACUCAUGAGCUGCUUUUUCGGGUGCCUAGCACUUCCCCUAGCUCUGGUCCAGGUUGCGUCAACCGCUCACCUUAAUAUAUCUGUCCGUCAAUCAGCCCUGUUGGUCCUGAAGAGAUAUGUCCAGCAUUGUUGGAGUGAUGGGUUUGAGGAGUUUACGGGACCAUUGGCGAGUGAUGGGAUUAAAGACCGAUUGAGGGAUCCUCUUCUUGGCUUAGUUACAGACGAGCAGAGGAAGAUUAGAUUUGCUGCCUCGUCGAUUGUUAGCAAAAUUGCUGGUGCAGGUCAGUUUAGCUUGGGUUUAGGUGGAGGGCGGGGGCAAUUGACUGAGCUGUGGUAGAUUUCCCCGAACGCUGGCCGACGCUCCUACAAGGACUACUGAAUGUUAUCAAUACGAAGACCAGUGCCGAGUACCAGGUACAUGGUGCCUUGCGCGUACUCGCUGGUAAGCUUGGAGGAUUGGUACUGGUUAUAUCGGGGCUAAUCAAUGUUUGUUAGACUUGGUCGACGAUGGGUUUAGCGAUAACCAAUUUUUUGCGGCAGCAGUGCAGAUAGUUGCUGUAGCCUAUGGCGUGGCCGAUAGUGAGGAUGUAAGCUUUUCAGGGCUCUCCAUUGUAUUGGAUGAAGCUAACCCCCUAAAAGAGGGAUUACACCAUCCGAGCACUUUCAGUACUCAUCUUUUACUCUUGCAUGGAAACCCUCGAGAUGGUGAAGGAUGAUCAUUCGGCAGAAGUCAAUGCAUUCGCCAUGGACAGGUUGAACGAGUGGUUUCCAUUUUUCAUCCGUGUAAUGAGCAAACCACUCCCGGAUAGCACUGACCCUGCCUAUGAAGGAUGUGUGACGUUAAAUAUCCAAGUGAUUCGGGUGAGGCAGCCUGCUUUCUUACAUGUAAUUGAAUUUUCUGUUGACAAUAAUGUAUCCAGACUGUUAUGCAAGUCCGAAAAGUGUUUCCAUCAUUAUUCGCUCCAUAUCUUCGCGAAGUGUUCCGAGCGACAUGGAGUGGCUUGAAUAUGAUCCAAGAUCGAUAUGUCCGUGAUUUCAUCACCAAAGAUUCACAGGGAAAGCUUAUCAACAGUGACGGGCUACCUCGCACUCUCGACCUGCUUGUUUUGGAACAGCUAGAUUUCAUACAAAGUUGCUUGAAGAGUAAGCCAUUAAGAGAUGAACUCUUACAGGCAAGCAGAGGCGCUGGGGUUGAUGCCCCCUUAACGCAAAUGGUCAUGGCUACCGUGGCUUUAGGCCAAGUCGCAAAGGAGGAUGAAGGUUUGUGGGAAGUAGAUUUGAAUAUCUUUUUGUGCGAAGAGAGUGCUAUUUCUGCCAACUAUACACCCAGAACUGCCUCUGGGGACCUGAUUCUUGUAAGAAUCCUAUGGCAAACUUUAUCCACAUUUUCUAACUUUAGCAGAAACUUGGAGAAUGGUUCCAGACCGAGACUGAAGAAGCUUUGUGGGCUCACACGGAGCAGAUUUUUGACUCAGGAGUGGGAAGGUUGGCAAGCCUGGUGUCUCGGUAAUUUUUUUAUAUACUAAUGUCUAGACAGCCGUCAGAUGAAGGAAGCGGCUCUGUUUGCUUGGGAUCAGUUGUUGACUGAGUUCGCUGAGAUUGGUCUUAAGAUUAACUCUAGUACUGCUGCAAAUCUGCUUAACUAUGUAGCUGCCGCAAUCAGUACUGAGGGAGAGGGUAUUAUUGGUUUGGGUUUCUUAUAUCGGUAAUCUUAGCGCUAACACCAUACAGAAAAUCAACUCCUCCGGGCGAGAGGCUACUUCCUAGCAGGCACACUUACAAAGUCAAGUCUCGAAACCGUGGGUUUGCAGGUCGCAGAACUUAUUACGCAGACAUUGCGUGGUGCAGCGAGUGACCCCUCGAGUAUUGUAAAAAUAUCUUGUAUCAAAGUUUUCCAAAAGUGGGUUGAGUACUUGUUUUCUCUGGGUUUCUUCGUUGACAUUAUAUAGGUAUUGUGAGACUGCUCCUUCGGAGAUAGUGAAACCGUGUCAAACUGAAAUCAUAUCGGCUAUCCGUUCCUUUCUUGCAACCAAGGAGAAGGAUGAUGCUGAGGAUAGCCAAGAUGUCCUGGGAGAGCUGCUUGAGACCAUGCGCGUUGCUGUUGGACUGGACUACUCGGCGGUGUUGAACCCGAAUAUUCAGAUCAUCGAGUUGGUUUUUGCUAUCGCGCACAAUGGUCCUCGCAGUCCUCAUCUGGGAAGCUUGAUUCACGAGAUAAUCGCAGAUGUGACUGAGGAAUUGUUUGGGUCUUUUGUGCAGUUAUGCGGUCAAAUUCUGCCUUUUAUAUCGACAUCGUUGGCCAUACAACCAGAUGGGAAGGAACAUCCUCUUAUGAAUGUAAGCGCACUUGUUUGGAGAUUGGUUUCCGGCUUCGAGAUUUUACCUAACCUUUUUGAUAUAGCUUUCUGCAGAUAUUCUCGCCGUUUUGGUUCACAAUGGUUCAGAACCUCUCCCUAAUGGGUUUGUCGUGGCGACUAUACCACACCUUUCAAGAAUUCUCCUCUGUAGUGAGGACACCGAUGUGUUGCAAGCUGGAUGCGAGGCCUUUAAGGAGAUCGUUAGGCACGACAUUAAGCAGUUCCUCGAGUGGCAUGACGGGAAUGGGAAAUCUGCUCUCGAGGUUUCGCUCAUCAUAAUCGACAGAUUGCUGAGGCCAGAAGUUGCUGAGGGUUCUGCUCUUGAAGUUGGAGGAUUGGCAGCGGAGAUUGUAGAAAAGGUACUUCAUAUCUCAUCACGUAUUCUCACCCGGACAUCGAUUGACUGUUUAGGCCGGUGACCAUCUUGGUCCAUAUCUCCCUGAGCUCCUCGGUGCGGUUGCGCGCCGUCUAGCUACUGCGAAAACUCCAUCUUUCAUCCAGGUUUGUUCAGGUCUCGUGAGUCACCUAGUAUAGCUAAUUAACGGGUUGUUUAGAGCUUGAUUUUAGUGUUUGCACGUCUCGUUCUUAAGCAGGCAAAAGAUGUGGUGGAAUUUCUUGCAGGGCUCUCCAUUGGAGAUAGCAACGGGCUACAGGUCGUCAUCAAUGCAUGGCUCGCCAAUUCCAGUAUCUUUAGUGGAUAUGAAGAGAUUCGCCAGAAGUGAGUCCAGCGCACGUAACUUUGAUCUAUACGAGAAGCUAAUGAGUGGAUAGUGUUUUCGCCUUGUGCCAACUCUACCGAUUGGAGGACCCAAGGCUCUCGCAAAUUAUGGUUCAGGGUGAUUUGAUCGUACCAGAGAGCAAUCGUAUUAUGACCAGAUCAAAGGCCAAACAAAGUCGGGAUUUGGAUCUCCAGUCUCGAUCUUUUUUUUUUCUAGUGGAUGAACUCUAGCUGACUUGUCGCUUUUCAAUUUCUAGCACCCGACCAGUAUACUAGCGUCCCUGUACCCGUCAAAAUUAUCAAGCUCUUGAUACUAGAAUUAGGAUCGGGAGGCGAUCCUAGUGGUUCUUUCGGCGGAGGCGCCCUUGACGAUGAGGAAGUUAGUGAUGAUGGUGAAUGGGAGGAUGAGCCGCCCGUGCUGGGGAUGGCCGGAAUGACAAGGGAGGGUCAGUAUAAGCUCGAAUUUACGACCGAUCCUUGAAAUUUGCUGACGCUAUAAAGAGUUGCUCGCUCUAGGUGGCUCAGGGCGUCAGUCAAGGCAGGCGGACGAUAUUACUCACGUAAGGCCAACUGUCCAUUAAUUUGGGAGCGUAUUUUGUUUACUAAUUUUUUAGACAUACUUGACCGGUUUUUUCCAUGAGGUAUCUACCCAGAACAUUGGAGGCUUUCGGAAUGUAUUUUCUGCAUUGAAGUCCGAAGAGCAAAAGCAAUUGUCUCAGUUGGGCUCAUCCCACAGACAAUAAUUCCCUUCGGCGCUAGUUUCUGGGUGGGCGCCCCUGUUCUGCACAUUGGGGGUGCAUACGCUUACAGAAUGUUUGAAUAAACUGGUAACCUAUGCAUUUUUCUUCGUUCUUGUGAUAGUUUGCGACGCACCAUAGUUGCAACUUUUCCGGAAUGCAUCGCACGGCCCCACUGUAAAAUAAACACUGCUUGUUCUCCGCUCUGGAAUGACAUGGCAUGAUCUGUUCAAUCAGAUUAUUCCAACAUUUCCACCUCUACACACUAGUACUGUACGUGUAAGUUAUAAUGUAGGAUGCACAAAUGAGUUCUGGU